CACCAGAUCUAAACUCUAAAACCCAGCUAUUUAUACUACAAAGUUUACUUUUCCGAAACAUAACUCUUUGUCUUGAUGAAUAUCACAAGACCCCAUCAACAUCCCCUCGCACAUCUCUCCAUCCCAUCCAUGAAAUCAUUCAAUUGAGUACAUAUCUUUGUCUCUGCAAAAAGAAAUUGAGGAAUCCAUCACAUACACAACCAAGCUAAUUCCCUACACAUCCACUAUUUUUUCUCACAUUCUUUCCGUCCAUGAUGGCCCCAGAUAAUCUUCAGGCAAAACAGGCCCCCAUAGACGACAACCAAAUCACUACUAGUAACCGAAAAACAACAACGACAAGACCACAAGAGGAAGCUUUGAAGUGUCCAAGAUGUGACUCGCCCAAUACAAAAUUCUGCUACUAUAACAAUUACAGUUUAACACAGCCUAGGCAUUUUUGCAAGACAUGUAGAAGGUACUGGACCAAAGGAGGAGCCUUGCGCAACGUUCCCUUCGGCGGUGGCUGUAGAAAAAACAAGAAGAUAAAGUCGUCUUCAGGGCUCUCAAGUGACUCCAGUGGCUCCUCAGAGAUCGGUGGAUUCAACUUCUUUCAUGGACUCUCCCCGGCCAUGAAAUUUAAUCUCGGUGGGCUAUCAUUUCCUCGGCUAAACCUUUCACCAAAUGGCAUAUAUAACCAUUUCCCUUCAUUUGGGGAUAUUUCAGCAACUUCUGAAGCUGCAGCUACUGUUACUAGUCCUCGUUUCAGACUUGAUCCAUCUGUUAGUUCCACUGCUGGUUCUGGUUCCUUAAUGGGGUUUAGUUAUCCGCUUACUUCGGUUAGUAGUGGGUUUUGUGGAGCAACUCAAGAGAAUACCGGUGGCGCAUCAGUGAAUGUCAACACUAAUCUCGCGUCUUCAAUUGAAUCUCUGAGUUGUAUAAACCAAGAUUUACACUGGAAGUUGCAGCAACAGAGAUUGGCUAUGCUAUUUGGUACAGGAAAAAAUCAUAGAGAUGACAGUACUGUUUCUACAGCCCCUAUUGAGAACCAUGUCCAGAAACUACAACCUAUUAUGUUUGAAAAUCUUGAAAUUUCAAAACCACAAGUAUGUGCUGCUGGUAAUUCAAGAAAAGAUGGUGCAACUAGUGGUGAUCCAGCAACUGAGUGGUUCUUUGGGAAUUCAUAUGAUCAAUUGACUGCCACGCCAACAAAUAGGAGCAACAAUGGCAAUAAUGACAACACAGGCAAUUGGAAUGGGGUUCAAGCAUGGGGUGAUUUGAAUCAGUACAGUGCUUUGCCCUAGACAAGAAAGCAUCAAGAGUUAGAAAUUAAUGAAACAAAUAGGAAAAAUGAGAAUACUAUCUAAAUCCUAAUUUGGAAGUUUUUUAUCAACUUGUUCUUGGUUUGUUGGGUUCUGAUCAACUUGUAAAAGUUGGGAAAAAAUUAGACUAUUUAUCUCUUUCUUGUGAUUUUCUUUUUGUUCUUUUGUAUUGUUAAUAUAAUUUAGGGCUUGCUGUUUCUACAAAUGGUGC